AAAGACUCACAUCAGAGAGACGAGGAUCUGAGCUUUCCCAUUGGUCAGGAGCCUCAGGCGGAGCUGGACUCCAUCUUCCAGGUUCUGGAGGAGCAGGUCCUGAGGUUUGUCCAACAGCAGCUGCAGAGGCUCCACAGGCUCCUGGCCUCAGAUUACCCAGAAUGCUCCGAGAGUGAGGAGGAGGAGAGCAGAGAGGUUCUGAACAUCACCCUGGACUUCCUGAAGAGGAUGGACCAGGAACAUCUGGCCCAGCGCCUGAGAGACAGGAGUAAAGUUGGAUUCAGAGAUAAACUGAAGUGUGAUCUGCAGCAGAGGUUCAGUCGUGUGUUUGAGGGCGUGGCUAAAGCAGGAGACUCCGCCCCCCUGACCCAGAUCUACACAGAGCUCUACAUCACAGAGGGCGGAGCCUCAGAGGUCAACCAGGAACAUGAGGUCAGACACGUGGAGACGGCGUCCAGGAGACCGGCCGCUCCAGAGACCAUCACAUGUGAAGAGCUCUUUAAACCCCGCCCACAUUCACCACAGCCAAUCAGAUUAGUGCUGACGAAGGGCGUGGCCGGCGUGGGGAAAACAGUGCUGACUCAGAAGUUGAGUCUGGACUGGGCUGAAGGCCGGGCCCACCAGGACCUCCAGCUGCUGUUCCCCUUCACUUUCAGAGAUCUGAACGUGCUCAGAGACACACAGUUCAGCCUGGUGGAGCUGCUGCACCACUUCUUCAGUCCAUCCAAAGAUCUCUGCAGCUUCCAACAGCUCCAGGUGCUCUUCAUCUUUGACGGUCUGGACGAGUGCAGACUUCCUCUGGACUUCGGCCGAACCCGGGUCCUGAGCGACCCCACAGAGUCCGCCUCAGUGCACGUGCUGCUGGUGAACCUCAUCAGGGGGAGCCUGCUUCCCUCCGCUCUCCUCUGGAUAACCACGCGCCCCGCCGCGGCCAAUCAGAUCCCUGCUGAGUGCGUCUCCAUGGUGACAGAGGUGCGAGGGUUCGCCGACCCGCAGAAGGAGCAGUACUUCAGGAAGAGGUUCAGAGACCAGGCCACGGUCGUCAUCUCCCACAUCAAGAGCGUCCGCAGCCUCCACAUCAUGAGCCACAUCCCGAUCUUCUGCUGGAUCCUCUCCACAGUUCUACGGAAGCUUCUGGAACAAACAGAACCAGAGCUGCCCCGGACUCUCACACAGAUGUACGUCCACUUCCUGGUGGUGCAGGCCAAAGUCCAGAACAUCAAGUAUCAGCAGGGAUCAGGGGAGGACCUUCACUGGACUCCAGAGACCAGGGAGAUGGUGAAGUCUCUGGGAAAAGUGGCCUUUGAGCAGCUGCAGAAAGGAAACCUGAUCUUCUACGAGAGUGACCUGAGCGAGUGUGGGCUGGACGCUGCAGCGGCCUCAGUGUACUCCGGAGUGUUCACACAGGUCUUUAGAGAGGAGCCAGGCCUGUACCAGGACAAGGUCUACUGCUUCAUCCAUCUGAGUGUGCAGGAGUUUCUGGCUGCUCUUCACGUCCAUCAGACCUUCUACAGCUCUGGAGAGAACCUGCUGGAGACACCACACUCCUCUGAGAGAAAAAGUCCAGACCCUGAGAGGCUGCUGCAGGGUCUGCUGACUCACACAGGAAGUGACCCGACCAAUCAGGAGACAGUAAAGUUCAUCAAACAGAAGCUGGAUGAAGAGGGUCUGUCUGCAGAGAGAAGUCUGAACCUGCUCCACUGUCUGAACGAGCUCAACGAUGGCAGUUUGGUGCAGGAGAUACAGAAGAACAUGAGGAGAUACCUCUCUGAUGGAACCAUGUCUCCUGCUCAGUGGUCUGCUCUGUCCUUCAUCUUACUGUCCUCAGACUCAGACCUGGAGGAGUUUGACCUGAGGAAAUACCAGGCCUCAGAGAACGCUCUCCUGGGUCUGCUGCCGGUGGUCAGAGCCUCCACCAAAGCCCUAGAGUUCGACCUGAGCUACAACCAUCCAGGACCCUCCGCCGAGCUCCUGACCGCUCUACAGGACCAGCGCCCCCUGCUGUCUGUCAGGUUGGAUCCUGCUGGAGAGCGCUGGAUGGUUCCAGGUCUGAGGAAGUACUCCCGUGACGUCCCUCUGGACCCAAACUCAGCUCACAGACUUCUGCGAAUGUCUGAGGACCAUCGCACUGUGACACAUGUGAAUGAGCAGCAGGAGUAUGAAGAUCAUGGCGACAGGUUCGCAGUCUGGCCUCAGGUCCUGAGCUGCACUGACCUGAGGGAGUGCUGUUACUGGGAGGUUUACUGGAGUGGACGGGUUCAAAUCGCAGUGAGUUGCAGAAGGAUCGACCGGCGCGGACGGGGACUGGAGUGUGAGUUUGGACUCAAUGAUCACUCCUGGAGUCUGAGGAUCUUUGAUGGUGGAGAAUACUGUGUCCAUCACAACAGCGUCACAACACGACUCCAACGCCCCUGUCACUCAGAGAGAGGGGACGUGUCCUCUGGUGAAGGGGGCGUGUCCUCGGGCAGAGUGGGCGUGUUCCUGGACUCUGAGGCUGGAGCUCUGUCCUUCUAUGAGGUCUCCUCUGAUGGAGAACUGUUCCACCUCUGGACCUUCUCCUCGUCCUUCUCUGAGCCUGUGUUCCCAGGGUUUGGACUGUUGUCUCCAGGUUCCUCUGUGACUCUGGUGGACCUGAGCCGGGCCCUUUGUGUCUGA